AUGAGAUAAUCAAGAGGAAGGAAAAUUGAUACUUCCAAUUCAGAAUCUGAAAUAUAUUAAAAUUUAGGGCCUAUUUUAAACAAAGAAGGAAAUGCUCAAAAAUAGUAAAAGGAUAAGAAUAAGAGUAAACCAAAAAGUCAAACAUAAAAAAAAUCAUAAACAAGCCUGAAAAAUUAAGAAAAUAAGUUGACAAAAAAAAUGAAGGAAUAUGAGAAGUAGAUUUCAGAACUACGAUAGUAAUUAUAAGAUGAUUAAGCAAAUUAAUAAUACAUUGAUAGUUUCAAUAGCACAAAGUAAAUAUUCAAAUUAUUAAAUUUAGAGAACAAUAUGAAAAACUAAUGUAGACAUAUGAAGAGACAAUUCAUCAACUUAAAUAGACAGAAUUAAAUUUGUUAGAAGAAUUAUAAGGAUAGAGUGAGAUAGCAAAGGAUGCUUUGAAUAAAUUAUAUUAAUAUUAAUAGGAACACAAUUUUGAACAAGAAGAAUUAAGAUAAUAUUAUGAGAGUAUUUUUUAAAUCAAUUUAGAAAUGAUGAAAGAUAAAGAAAAGGAAUUAAAUUAGAAGUAUGAGCUCUAGUUUUAAUCAUUGUAAACGACAAAUCAGCAUUCAAGAAUAUCGGAACCAAAAGUUGCAUAGGAACUUUAAAAGAAACUAAAAGAUAUGGCAACAAAAGAAGAAUUAUAUUUGGAAGAAAUAGAGAUUUUGAAAAAUAAAUUAAAUUAAAAAAAGUCUUCUGUUAAGGAGAAAGUAUUAUUUAUAAAUUUAAAUUUUUAGGAGUUAAGAUAAAAAUUAAUUGAUUUAGAGGUAAAGUUGUAAGAUUGUGAUGAUAAUUUGGAUAGAUGUAAAUAAUUAGAAUAUGAAAACUCAAGUCUUUAAAGCAAAAUAAAAUAGUUGGAGAAAUAGAUUUAAAGAAAAGAAGAAAAGGAGAGAAGAUUGAGAGAUGAAUGGAAUAAGUAAUAUUAAGAUUUAUAAACUGAAGUGAAAGUAUACAACAAUUGAUAUAAUUUAGUAUUGGAAAAAUGAGAUGGAUAAAGUCAUAAUGGAAAACAAUCUUGUACUUUCUAAAAUAACACCAUCAAAGAAAAAAUAUUGA